AACAUGCCUCAGGAGACAUCUCAAAUGACACUAAAAUCUAUCUCGAUAAUUUGUUCAAACGCUACUUCACAGAUAUGAAAAGCGAGAUUGAGAAAGCUGUCGUAGAAGUGAGUGAAAAAACGGACAAAAGACUAAACGAAAUCGAAACUGAAAACAAGAAACUUAAGGAUGAUAUAAAAGCAGUGAAUGUAAAGUUGCAAGAACUCACUAUUGCAAUGAACGAUACUGCCCAACAAACCCGAAAAAGUAGCGUACGUGUGUUUGGUAUCCCGGAAAACAAUUCUGAAAAUCGUGAAGACUGUGCAGAAGUUGUCUAUGAACACCUCAAAACUAAGAUCCAAAACUUUUCACCUGGGGACAUCGAGGUUGCUCAUAGAGUCCCAGGAGGCAAACCUCAGAUUUCUAACCGUUCAAAACCACGCCCGAUAUUGGUGAAGUUUAAAUUCAGAGGCGUAAAGGACGUUGUUAUCCGACAGAAAAAGGCACUUAAGGGAUCUGAUCUGCGUGUGUAUGAAGACCUUACUCCAGCAAACAGGAAACUUCUUUAUGAGCUCAAACAGCAUGAUGGUAUAUCCCAAGCCUGGACUGUAAAUGGAAAAGUGUUGGGUAAACUCGCCCGAAAUGACAGUAUUGUACAGUACACCGUAGGAGAUCUUCCCCUUGGACCGAAUCUCUAA